AAGGAAACAUAUUCAAAUGAGCUUAAGCAACUAAUAAGGGUAAUGAAAUCUGAAAACCUCCGACAAGUUCGGAGCGCCCGUAUAUAAAGCAGUCAGUGGGCAUUGUGUUUGUCAGUGUUUCCGGCAGCCUCACUAUUUGGAAAAAUCUGCAGUAGUGAGACGUGGGUACCGUUGAUCUUCUUGCUUCAACGAAAUGGCGUCUCUUCAACAUAAUGUUGGGAUUCUGGCAAUGGAGGUCUACUUUCCCACUACAUGUGUUCAGCAGGAUGCCCUGGAAACAUUUGAUGGAGUAAGCAAAGGAAAAUAUACGAUUGGCCUUGGCCAGGACUGCAUGACUUUCUGCACAGAUUUGGAAGACGUAAUUUCUAUGAGCUUGACAGUUGUAACAUCCCUUCUGGAAAAAUAUGCAAUCGAUCCAAAACAAAUUGGUCGCCUGGAAGUUGGCAGUGAAACUGUUAUUGACAAAAGCAAAUCAAUAAAAACUUGGUUGAUGUGCAUUUUUGAGAAAUUUGGAAAUACCGAAAUUGAAGGUGUGGACUCAACAAAUGCAUGCUAUGGUGGAACUGCGGCUUUAUUUAACUGUAUUAACUGGGUUGAAAGCAAUUCGUGGGAUGGACGCUAUGGUCUUGUUGUAGCUACAGACAGUGCAGUUUAUGCUGAAGGGCCAGCACGGCCUACAGGGGGAGCAGCUGCCAUUGCUAUGUUGAUAGGGCCCAACGCUCCAUUAGCAAUUGAGAAAAAUUACAGGGGAACACACAUGGCUCAUGCUUAUGACUUUUAUAAGCCCAAUCUUGCUAGCGAGUAUCCGGUUGUAGAUGGAAAACUUUCACAAAAUUGCUAUCUAAUGGCAUUGGAUUCUUGCUACAAACGGUUUUGUAACAGGUUUGAAAAGGGAGAAGGAAAGGAGUUUUCUCUUCUAGAUGCAGAUUAUGUAGCAUUUCACUCUCCAUACAAUAAGCUUGUGCAGAAGAGCUUCGCUCGACUAUUAUUCAAUGAUUUUUCAAGACAUGCAAGUUCUGUUGAAAAGGAUGCACAAAAGAAGCUAGAACCCUAUGCCGGCCUGUCUGAAGAAGAGAGCUAUAACAGCCGUGACCUAGAAAAGGUUUCUCAACAGGUUGCUAAGCCAUUGUAUGAUACAAAAGUUCAGACAUCAACUUUAUUGCCAAAGCAAGUAGGCAACAUGUAUACAGCAUCUCUUUAUGCAGCAUUGGCUUCUAUUGUACACAACAAGCAUAGCACACUGGAAGGCCAAAGGGUGCUCAUGUUCUCUUAUGGCAGUGGACUUGCUUCUACAAUUUUUUCUCUUAAAAUACGGGAAGGUCAACAUCCUUUUACCAUAUCAAACAUUGCUGAAGUUAUGGAUCUUCAAAGCAAGCUUGAAUCUCGAAAUGAGUUUUCUCCUGAAGAUUUUGUUAGCAACUUGAAGCUGAUGGAGACUCUAUAUGGAGCAAAGGGCUUUGUUUCUUCUGCUAAACAUAGUUUGCUAAGGCCAGGAACUUUUUACUUGACUGAAGUAGAUGAAAAGUACCGGCGUUUUUAUUCUCAGAAGUUGGUCAGCACUGAUGGUAACUGUGGGAAUACAGAGUUAGCAAAUGGUACUAACCAUAGUGAGUUGUAAUACAUUUGAAAGAGGUUGAAUGCUGAUCAUACAAAUGUAAAUUAGUACUCUUGAGCCUUCCUUUCGUUAUUAGCCCCUUCUGUGGCAGGAACUACAACAAUCGAUAAACGAUCCCAUUAUCAAUAAGGUUGGAAAAGAUUGCAAUGGCAUUCUGGAAAAAUGAAAAGAUCGUUUUGGUCGAUGCA